AUGGCUACCACCCAGACACAGGAGAAGGAUGGCACCACGCUCAUUGAACACUCCGCUAGCCUCGAACCAGGCCUGACCAUGGAGAAGACACUCACUGAUGCAGAGGUCACCGGCAAACUCGACAGCAUCAGCACGUCCAUGGCUAACCAGGGCACACACACGGAACAUGAGCUCACCUAUCUCGAGGCGUUGAAGAUCUACCGUAAAGGUGCCUUCUGGUCCAUCUUCUUUUCCUUGUCCAUCAUCAUGCGCGCGUACGAUAUUGAGAUCACCGGAAACUUCUUCGCGCUUCCAUCGUUCCAAAGGCAUUUCGGCCACGAAGUACCUGGUCAUGGUUAUCAGAUCCCCGCCAAUUGGCAGGUCGCCAUGUCUAUGGGCUCUCUCGUCGGGCAAAUCAUUGGUGCAUAUAUUGUUGCUUGGCCAAUGGAGAGGAUUGGGCGCCGCAAGACAUUGGCUAUAUAUCUCCUCUUAACCUCUGCAUUGGUGUUCAUGCAGGUCUUUGCUCCAAACAUUGAGGUCUUGACGACGAGCAUGUACUUGUCAGGCAUUAUCUGGGGUGGGUACUGCGUCCUCGCCCCAACUUAUGCUUCGGAAUGUCUUCCAUUGAAACUCCGAGGGUUCUUCACGGGAUAUAUCAAUCUGUGCUAUGUGAUGGGCCAGUUCAUCCAGACUGGAAUCACGAGGGGCUUCAUCAACAGAUCAGACAAGUGGGCAUACAAGAUACCCUAUUGCAUCCAGUGGCUAUGGCCAAUUAUCAUCCUCCCAGGCUUGGUUUGGGCCCCAGAAAGCCCUUGGUGGCUUGUACGACAGCAUAAGAUGGAGGAAGCGGAAGGGUCUCUCAAGAGACUGUCGGAGAAGCACGAAAAGGUGGAAGUGACAAACACUUUGGCUAUGAUGGUGAAAACCGAUCUGUACGAGCGCCAGGUCGAAGUCGGCACCACUUACAUGGAUUGCUGGAAGGGCCCGAAUCGCAGGAGGAUGGAAAUUUGCAUCAUGCUCUUCGUCAUCCAGAACUUCUCGGGCAAUCCCGUGGGGUUUGCAACCUACCUCUUUGAGCAAGUUGGAUUGAGUGCUAGACACUCGUUUGACAUGGGUCUUGGGCUCAACGGCCUUGGAUUCCUCGGAACUCUUGCAUCUGCCAUCCCCCUCAUCUACUUUGGACGGCGCAUCUGUUACAUGGCAGGCCUGGCCUACAUCAUCCUCAUUCUCUUCGUCGUGGCCUUCAUGUGUCUUGCGUCAGACUAUGAAAGCAACCCAUCGUACUCUUGGGCGCAAGCAUCACUCUUGUGCACCCUCCAGUUUGUUUGGCAGAUGACUCUCGGCCCGCUUACGUACGUUGUCGUGUGCGAAUCUCCGUCCACGAAACUCAGGUCGAAGACGAUAGCGCUAGCAACCGUGAUCAAUGCGGCGACCGGACUGGUCACCACGGUGAUUGGCCCGUACCUCCUCAACCCUGGUGCGGCAAAUGCUGGGGCCAAGAUCGAGUUUUUGUACGGCGGUAUCUCCAUCAUCUCGCUCACAUGGUGCUUCUUCCGUCUCCCAGAGACCAAGAACCGGACUUUUGAAGAGUUGGAUAUCUUAUUCGAGAGACGCGUGCCGGCUCGACAGUUCAAGGGCUAUGUCAUUGAUCAUUCUGACGAGUAA